AAGCCAAAACAGUUCAUCUUUUAUUAUAAUAAUCAUAUUAUAUUUUUUGUCCUCUUUAUAAAAGAGAUUUUAAUGAUAGUAAAACUGAAGUCUGUAAUCAGUUAUAUCAGACAUACAGAUUUUAGAUUAUUAAUCUCUAUAGUGUAGAGCUGGGGGCAAUGCAUCAAAAAUAGUUUUCAUAUCCGCUUAAGGUCAUUUCAGGAAGUGAGAGCCAAAGAAAUGCAUCAUGUAGCCUUUGUCUGAGUGUAGAAGUAACAGCUGCAAAAUGAAAUUUCAGUGGUUCAUGUUCAGAGCUCUGUGGAUUCUCCUCAAUUUACCAACUUUCAGUGGAGAAAGCCUGUGCAAAAGUGAACUUUUACUAAGCAGUAACAUUUCUACUGAGCUCCAGUCUGAUGUCCUGCUGCCGUGUAACUUUAAUCCAACUCUCCUCGGAUCAGAUAAGACUGCAGAUAUAGCAGUAGUGUGGAGUCAGAGGAACACAACAAUACACAAUCUAGUGGAGAUCACUCUACAGGGAAAUGUAAUGUUUUGGGAUACUAAAGGUGGACGUAUCAAGACGUUCGCUAAGCUCUCUGAAUCAGGAAACUUCUCCAUCCUCCUUCAGAAAGUGCAGCCGUAUGAUCUGGGUCUCUACCUCUGUGAGCUGUUUAACGGGACCGGCUGCAGAAUCGCGUAUCAGGAGCUACAGCUUGAUAGCAUCCAACAAAGCCAUCAGUUGGAGCACAGUUGGAGCACUCUCAGGAGGAAUUGUGCUGCUUGCUGUAUUCACAACCUGUUUGUUACAUGCAAAACGGUUACACAAGAAACAGCAGCAAGCAUGACAUCAUACCUACUGCUAUCUACAUCAACUUUCCAGUUAACAGGUAGGACAGAUGCUUAAUGUUUUAAUGAGGAUGUUUAUAUUCAGAGGUUGAAGCACAACUCAUGUUUCACUGAAUGGAUCUCUUGAAGGUACAGAGUAAGAAACAACAGAAAAAUUAAUAGAAUAAACUUGUUGUGCAAAAUGAGAAAAGCUCACGUUCACUUGCACCCACCAUUAAAAUCACACGUAGGUUUUUCAGGAAGUGGUGAAAACUCCCCUGUAGUCCAUCUGAACACAGCUGAGAAAUGCUGUAAAAGCUCUCUAACACCUCAACUGAGUAACAACAGAAAUGUUCUGUGAGAUGAAGCACUGGAUAUUGUGGCUGUCUCUAUGCCAUAUUUCACACACGAGAGGAGAAAGCCUGUGCAAAAGUGAACUUUUACUAAGCAGUAACAUUUCUACUGAGCUCCAGUCUGAUGUCCUGCUGCCGUGUAACUUUAAUACAACUCUCCUCGGAUCAGAUAAGACUGCAGAUAUAUCAGUAGUGUGGAGUCAGAGGAACACAACAAUACACAAUCUAGUGGAGAUCACUCUACAGGGAAAUGAGAUGUUUUGGGAGUCUAAACGUGGACGUAUCAAGACGUUCGCUAAGCUCUCUGAAUCAGGAAACUUCUCCAUCCUCCUUCAGAAAGUGCAGCCGUAUGAUCUGGGUCUCUACCUCUGUGAGCUGUUUAACGGGACCGGCUGCAGAAUCGCGUAUCAGGAGCUUCACCUAAACAGAUGGACGAGCAUGAAUAUAGUGGUAUCUCUACCUAUAUGGCCCUUUAUAGCAGCAGGAGGAGGAGCUGCUGCUCUCAUCCUUCUUGUGGUUUUAAUCUGUUUAAUAAAGUGUGCUUGUUCCAAUGCAUCAAAUAAACACAUCUAUGCAAACUCAAGAUUUGAAAAAAGAAAUGACAAAGAGUGCAGUGAAGAGAAACACAGCAGCAGCAAUCAGCAUGCAGCUAAGGCUAGAAAUAAGGUUGAUGUCAACAAGCCUCCAAACCACAGUAACAUCUACGCCAACAGCCACAUGGAAGCUGAAACGAUUUAUGCCAACCAGCCACACUGUAACUAACUAUGAGGUUCUAAAUGGAAGUGUAAUUUAUACAGUAUUCAAUGUGUACAGUACUCUGAAUGUUCUUGCACCCUCCCACUCUUUAUGCAGAGAUUCUUGUACAGAUUCCACAGUCUAGUGGAAAGCCUUCCCAGAAGAGUGGAGGUUAUUAUAACAGUAAAGGGGGAAUAAAUCUGUAAUGGGAUGUUCAACACACAAUUGUGGGUGUGAUGGUCAGGUGUCCACAUACAUUUGCCCAUAUAGUGCAUAUCCUUCAUGUUAAGGUUUGUAGAUGAGAACCAUUUUCUACUUCAUCAGUAAUAAUUAUGUCUCUCUCUCUCUCUCUCUCUCUCUCUCUCUCUCUCUCUCUCUCUCUCUCUCUCUACUAUCCAUCCACUCAUACCCCUAUCUAUUCGGAGCAUAACAACAUAGAAAGACAACAGUUUAAAUGAAUCAAUACAACAAUUGAUUAAUCAUAAAUGUAUUAUUAGAGAAAAAGGACAAACAACUGGUGUGCAAAAGUAAUUCAUAUUUUUAAACUGGUGAGGUGAUUUGCCUGUAACUCUGAUAGUUUGGAAAUUGUCCUUCCCUACAUCAUCACUUGUGACUUAACAGCAGGCCUCUUGAGAUUCUGAACACAGUAGGUCACAUAUUGAUCGUAGCAGAGUCAAUGGUAUCGUCAAAUAUCGAAUCAUUGCCUUAUGAAUUGAAAUUGUAUUGUAUCGUGUGAAAGCCUGAGGUUUACACCCCUACUAUCCUUCCAGCUAUCCAAGUCCCCAUAAUUCCAUUCCCAUUGCUUUUACUUGAACAUAUUUUCAAUAGCAUGGGGUCAAAAUUGAAAUUGAAAUUCGAAUAAAAGUUUAUCACAUAAAGAAGUCGAUAUGCAGUUUUGAAUCAUUUGAAACUUUUACAUGCUUAAUAUUAGCAAACCAGUGUCUUCAAAAACAUGUUAAAUACUGGUAAAGUGAAAUCUCUAUCAUUUCUUUAGUGCCAUAUUUUAUCUUCAGCCUGUUUAUCAAUCAGGUAAAUAAGAUUUCAGCACACAUUACGACAUCAUGCUGUAACCAUGCACCUGCUACAGACUCAAUGCACUUUGGCCUCUGAUCCAAGAAUUACUGUCCUGUCCCCAUAUGGUAAACUCACUUGAUGGAGACGAGCUGAUGAAGUAAAACAUGAUAGGAGCCGAUGCUGUACUAGAAAAGAAUUUUUAUGUGAUUGUACUGUCUUGGAUUGUAUUUAAUUUUUGUUCCACUUCAUUAAAGAACUACAAACGUGAA